GGAUCGGCAUGUGCAACAUACACCAGACAAAAUAGCUUUGAUUUGGGAAAAAGAUGAGCCCGGUACUGAAGAAAAAAUAACUUACAGCUGAGUCUCUUCUGAUCUCAAAGCACAGUGGGACGACCAGGCAUGGCCACAGCACAAUUGCAGCUGAAAAUCCAUGGAUGUUACAAGAGUUAAACACCUUCUCUCUAUCUCUUCCCCCGGAAAUGCCUUCUGAUAUCCACAUUAGUAUUGUGAGACAAGCACAGGUCAGAAUUCUGAAAUAUAAUUCUGACCUCAUACAAAUUAUUUAUAAAAAUGACAGUUUAUUGUGUAGAAGCCUGUGGACUUUAAACAUACUUCUGAAUAAUGUUGAUAGAAAUAAAAAUGGAGUGAGAGUUCACUAACCCAGCUCUGGACUGAUGGAGUUCCAGGUAAUGAUGUAGUUUUGUCAUAAAGGUAUUAUGUAGUACUUGGCCAAUAAUGUGCUUUUUUUUCAUUGCUUUGGUAACUCAUUUGAACUGUAAAAGUAACGGUUAAAAACCACAGAGAGAACAAGAAAAGGAAGAGAAAGUAAUUUUCUUAAAAUGAUAUUUUUGAUUUAGCAUUAAGCAAUUAUUACUGUCACAAAAUGAAUGUAGGUAGAAAAUAACAGAUCUUGAGACUUGGCAAGGAGACAUUCUUCCUCCAAAGUAUUCUUUAAAGUAGUUUUAAUGCUAGGAAUGCUGAAGAAUACCAGAUAUUUCUCAUGAUAUCAGUAAUUUAAGAAAUUCAACUUUUUUUAACUCAGCAAAUUUAGUUACCCAAAUUAUUAUUAUAUCUCAAAGUUAUUUUUGUAAUAUCUCUGAAUUUUAAAUUGCUUCUAAGAUUGUUGCUAUUGUAACAGUACCUGUUUAAUUUAUGAUUAUCUUGAUAAAGAGCAGAAAUUAAGUCUACAAAAGCUAAACUUCAGUGGAUUAGAUUUAAAUUUAAGUUUGUUUGGUAAGUAUCAGGAUUUUUUGUAGCUUGAAAUAUAUUCAUAAAGUUAAACAAAAUGAUAAGGCAUUUGUUUCUACAUUGCAGGGAACUUUUGGACAUGACUUGUCGCCUUGCUAAUACCUUAAAAAGAAAUGGUAUAAAAAAGGGAGACCGAGUUGCGAUCUAUAUGUCUGUAUCUCCAAUGGCAGUGACUGCCAUGUUAGCUUGUGCCAGAAUUGGUGCUGUUCAUACAGUUGUUUUUGCUGGAUUCAGUGCAGAAUCUUUAGCAGGAAGAAUAAAUGAUGCUAAAUGUAAAGCAGUGAUCACCUGUAACCAGGGAAUCAGAGGAGGACGGAUCCUAGAACUGAAAAACACCGUGGAUGAAGCUGUAAAGAAUUGUCCAAGUGUCAAGUGUGUUUUUGUAGCCCAGAGAACUGACAACAAAACCCAUACAUGCAGUCAUGAUAUUCUCCUUGAAGAAGAGAUGGCUAAGGAAGCAUUGGUUUGCCCCCCUGAAAUUAUGGACAGUGAGGAUAUGCUUUUUAUGCUUUACACUUCAGGAAGCACAGGAAAACCUAAAGGAAUUGUUCAUACUCAGGCUGGCUAUCUGCUUUAUGCUGCUGUAACACAUAAGCAUGUUUUUGGCCUCAAACAAGAUGACAUUUUUGGUUGUGUAGCAGAUAUUGGUUGGAUCACAGGACACAGCUAUGUUGUUUAUGGACCACUUUGCAACGGAAGCACCACAGUUUUGUUUGAAAGUACUCCUGUUUAUCCAGAUCCAGGUCGCUAUUGGGAAACUGUGGAAAGAUUAAAAAUUAACCAAUUUUACUGUGCUCCAACUGCAUUACGUUUGUUGCUAAAGUAUGGGGAUGAAUAUGUGAAGAAAUAUGACAGAUCUUCUCUUACUACUCUUGGAUCAGUGGGGGAACCAAUAAAUCAUGAAGCUUGGCACUGGUACUACAGUGUGGUAGGAGACAAAAGGUGUACCCUUGUGGAUACUUGGUGGCAAACAGAAACGGGUGGCAUUUGCAUUGCUCCUCGGCCUUCAGAAGAAGGAGCUGAGAUUAUUCCAGCUAUAGCAAUGAGGCCUUUCUAUGGAAUUACCCCAGUGCUAAUGGAUGAGAAUGGAAAAGUUUUAGAAGGCAAUGAUACCGCUGGUGCUCUCUGCAUUGCACAACCCUGGCCUGGUAUAGCACGGACUAUCUAUGAAGACCAUCAGCGUUUUGUAGAAGCUUAUUUCAAAGCUUACCCAGGGUAUUAUUUCACAGGCGAUGCUGCUUAUAGAACUAAGGAAGGCUAUUAUCAGCUAACAGGGCGAAUGGAUGAUGUCCUAAACAUCAGUGGACACAGGCUUGGAACUGCAGAAAUUGAAGAUGCCAUGGAUGAACAUCCUGCAAUUCCAGAAACAGCUGUGAUUAGCUAUCCCCAUGAUAUCAAAGGGGAAGUUGCAUUAGCUUUCAUAGUAUUAAAAGAUGACAUGGCAGAUAAAGAGAAAAUUAUCAAAGAGGUGAAGACAAUAGUUGCCACCAAGAUAGCAAAAUAUGCUGUUCCUGAACAUAUUAUGAUAGUGAAACGUCUUCCCAAAACUCGAUCAGGAAAAAUUAUGAGAAGAUUGUUACGGAGAAUAGUGACUGAUAAUAUUAGUGAUAUGGGAGAUAUCACAACACUAGAUGAUUCCAGUGUCAUAGAGGAAAUACUUGAAACGUAUAAGAAAUAUAAACUUAAGCAUCCUAUUCUAUGAUGAAUGGACUAUUGUGAAGAUGAGUUCUGUUAAGAAGCUGAAGGAACAAAAGCAACAUUAGAUUUAUCCUUGAUACAUUAAAGAGCUACACUUAUUCAUGUAAAAUCCAUUUUUUUUCCUGAAAAGAAUGUGUAUUGUAAAAGUUUACCUCUUGCUACAUUAAGUUUAUAUUUUCUUUUCUUUGAAAGCAUGGAAAAAUAAUUUUCAAACUGCUGUUUAAGAUAUGUUAUGCCUUUGUUAAGCAAAGUGUAGAAAGGAGUACGUUUAUAUUUAGCCCUGAUAUUUUUGCUACCAAUAUAUAAACAUUUUUAAGAUCAGUCUUACUGUACUCCUUUCUUAAUUUUAUCUUAUCAGAUGAACUGAAACUCUCCAUACUUUUAAAUUAUGUGAAUUUCUUUUAAAAAUCGCACACAAUGACUUUUUUUUAUACUAUAGGAAUUUCAAUUUACAUAAUUGAAAGCCAAAAUAAACUCAAAACUGUUUAUCAAUACUUAUACUUAUGUAUAGCAUGGGAAGUUAUCUGUUUUACUGCAGUUGGACAAAUUGAAUUGUUAUAAUGUUGCACUGGCAUAUAAUUAUGAACAGGCAUAUAGGGUUCUUUAUUAAACAUGUAUAUUUUUUAGAUUUUAAUUGGUUUUUUUCAUAUAUUACUCAAGGCAGUAAACAUACCACUCCUUUGUCUGCCUAUUUUCCCCACACCAAAAACAACCUUGUGUGUGAUUUGGGCUGAGAGUGAGUGGUCCAAAGUCACCUAGCUAGUCUUUCAUGCCAAGACUGGUUCACAACCUCCUGCUUUCUAGACCAGCACCUUAACAUCAGAUUGGCUCUUUUUUAUGCAUCUAGAUAUUGCUGAUGCAGGAGCCUGAGCAUGUACUGUACAUACAAUAAAGAAGAAACAGUUUUCUGAAUUCAGUACAAAAUAUCUGAUUAAGGCCUCUAAAUUCCGACACCAAACCAAUAUCAACUACUUUCAUGUUGAAUUAUGUUAUGGAAUUGAAGAAAAAGGAAGAUCUAGUAGAAGAAAGAUACACAGUUACUAUGGGAUUGGUUUCUGGAAAGCUGAGAUUGGAUGAUUUAUUUUGAUACUAGUGACGAUAUUUUGCAACAAUAGAUUUGUUCUGAUUUUCAAACCAGUAAAUAAAAACAAUUGUUUGCCAUGAUUGCUGGUUAAAAUGAUAGGAUACCAGAUAAUUAGAUACGGCCUAUUAGCCCAGAAACUCAUCACUAUGAACUUUCUAAUUGUUGGGAAGGGCAAUGGGAUAUGUUCCCAUUCCAAAACUAAACAUAAGCUAAUUUUAUUUAUUUAAACAAUGUAUACAGCCAGCCAUUUCACAGGAGUGUAACAGAGG